AUGUAUGGACUAACUGAAGAACAACGCUGUACAAUAUUCGGCGUCAUUGAUUAUUAUCAUCGCCAUAAUGAUGUAAAUUAUACAGAUAGAUAUACUGCUGGUCGUCCACCUGCACUCGAUUCAACACAAAUUAAACAACUUGAUCUAACUAUACAACAAAACAGAUCAGCUACUGCCGCUGAAUUAUUAUCACUCACACACUCCAACACUACCGAACGCACGAUACAACGUUAUCGUUUAUUUCUUGGUAAUUGCCCUCGUAAGUCUCUUGUUAAAGUCAAGGGCAACAACAGAAAUGAACAAAAACGAUAUCAAUUUGCUGCAAUACAUUAUCUUGUUAAUAUCAAGAAGUAUAUUUUUGAAGAUGAAUGUUAUGUGGGUUUAAGAAAUACACAACAGAUUUUGUGGUGUAAACGAGGAGAAUCAACACCCAAGAAAGAAAUAUCAUCUUUGCGAGCACAUGUGAAUUUAAUUGGCUUUAUUUGGUGGAAUGGUUAUGUCUUCCGCCGAUUUGAUAAUUGA